CAGCACAUCACGAUAUCCCAGCAGCAAUGAGGAUCAAGAAGAGAAUGCCAUCGUACAGGCCCUGGGGCUCCAUAGAGGACGGAGCCAUAGAGUUCGAGUCCCUGACUGAGGACACCCUAGAAGGUGCUCUGAACGUCAUCAGAAAGAGCUUCUUCGUCAACGAAAACGUCUGCAAAGGCGUGGAUCUGACCUCGGAAGUAGGGGCCUCUGAAGAGUUAGAAGAACUCUGUCUAGACGCUGCCAAAGACGGUGUCAGUGUAGUAGCUAUCGACGUCGCCACUGGAGAAGUGAUUGGAAUAGCCUUCAACAAGAUCCAGGUACUCAAAAAUCCCUCAGAAAAGGGUGCAUUCGAGGUGUUCAGUGAAAACUGCAAGUUCAAGUCGUCCAAGGGCCUAGUGGACUUUAUGAUCAGCGUGGAUUCCAGGAUAGACCUCUUCAAACACUACAACGCCACUUGUAUCUUCGAGAUCAUGUUCCUGGCUACGCUUCCAGGCAUGCAGAAACGGAGAAUAGGAGAGUUAUUGGUGUCCUCGUCCUUCGAAAUGGCCAAGGAGCUGAAAAGAGGGAAGUCUGUUAAAACACCAGUGGUGAUCGAUGGGGAGAAAAUUAUAGAAAAUCUGACUGCUAUACCUACUAUUGUGUCAGCCAUUAUGACGUCCAAUUAUUCGCAAAAGAUCGCUAUGAAGUGUGGUUUCGAAAGUCUGGCCAGGGUCAGUUACAAGGAGUUCCAUUUUGCUGGGAAGACCUUCGGCGAGAGGAUAGGUGAUGAACAUCUUGACUGUCUUCUGACAGCCAAAAGACUGUAAAAUUAGAUCAUAAGAUCAAGAUAUCUUCAAGAUAAUUUUUGAUUUGUUUAUUUAGUG